CUUUUCCCCUCUCUCUCUCUUACAACAAUCAAUCAAUCAAUCAGCUUCUCGGCUUCACCUUCUCCUCUCCUUCCCCCGAUUUUCAUCUCCAUGUUGAUGGACCUCAUUCUUCCCUCUAUCCUCCCUUUCUUUCUACUAUAAUUCCCCCCUCCCCAUUUCUUCUUUUUCCUUUUUUGUUUUUUCACUCCAUCCCUCCCUCAUUCAUCCCUUUCACUCUUUUCUCCAUCAUGAGGCCCCUCCACCCGCCCCCCGCCGCCGAUGCUGCUAAUCGUGCCAACCGUCGCCGCCGCCCUGACCUAACCCUCCCUCUCCCCCAUCGCGACCCCUCCCUCGCCGUUCCCCUCCCUCUCCCCCCCUCCUCCGCUCCCUCCUCCGCCUCCUCUUCCCAGCCCCUUGAAUACGCCGAGCUCGACCGCGUCAGUCGCAUCGGUAGCGGUGCCGGCGGCACCGUCUACAAAGUCCUUCACCGACCCACCGGCAAACUCUACGCCCUCAAAGUCAUCUAUGGCAACCACGACGACGCCAUCCGCAUUCAGAUGUGCCGCGAAAUCCAGAUCCUUCGCGAUGUCGACAACCCUAACAUCGUCAAAUGCCACAAUCUCUUCGAUCACAAUGGGGAAAUUCAAGUGCUCCUCGAGUACAUGGACAAGGGAUCCCUUGAGGGUACCCACAUCCCCCAUGAGCCUUCUCUAUCUGAUCUCGCCCGCCAGGUUCUCUGCGGAUUGUACUAUCUCCACAAGCGCAAAAUCGUUCAUCGCGACAUCAAGCCCUCUAAUUUACUCAUUAAUUCCCGAAGAAUCGUAAAGAUAGCUGAUUUUGGCGUCUCCCGUGUUCUGGCUCAAACCAUGGACCCUUGUAAUUCAUCUGUAGGCACUAUAGCUUAUAUGAGCCCUGAAAGAAUUAAUACGGAUCUAAAUCAUGGGCAAUAUGAUGGAUAUGCGGGCGAUAUUUGGAGUUUAGGAGUCAGCAUUCUUGAAUUUUACUUGGGCAAGUUUCCAUUUUCUGUUGGAAGGCAAGGAGAUUGGGCUAGUCUCAUGUGCGCAAUCUGUAUGUCCCAGCCGCCGGAGGCGCCCGCUUCUGCCAGCAGGGAGUUCAGGGAUUUUAUUGCUUGUUGUCUUCAGAGAGAUCCGGCCAAGCGGUGGACCGCAGGGCAGCUGUUGAAGCAUCCUUUCAUUUUGCAGUAUGCUUCGCCGGGGAGUAACGGGAGCGGGGGCAAUCAGGUGCAUCAGUCUCAUCAGUUAUUACCUCCUCCUCGUCCGCAUUUUUCAUCAGCUUGAUUGUUACUUAGUCUUGGAUCUCUUUGGCUUUUUGUAAUCUUCUGUUACUUGUUAAAUUUUAAUGGGGUUGAAUUGUUCAACUUGUGUGCCAUUACUACAUGGUGGUUGUGGACUGGAUGGAUGUUUAGGAGAAAGGAAUUAGAUGGGGGAAAUGGCGGAGAGUUUAUAAGGCUAGUUUGGGUUUCAUGAGAAAUCAAUCUUGAAUUUUUAUGAUAAUGUAUAACGGGCGAAAAUGAAUGAAUUCUAUUUUCUGGAAUCAUUUCCAA